UAGGGUUAACUUCUUGUACAUUUGUGCCCCAUUGUGUUCUUCUUUUGUGUGAAGAUCCGUCAACAAACAGGAUGACCAGACAUUAAACUUUUCAGCGGAAUGGUCCUUCCGGAGAUGAAAUGAACGAUGAAAUGGAAUCUUUAAACACGAGUAACGACGGGGACGAUCCUCCGAAUUCAGAAGAAAAGCAAGUUGCUGAAGAGGGAAGAGCCAGUUACGAUGACACACAUGAGGAUAAAUCCACAACCUUAACGGAGGAUGAAACGGGAGACAGCAGUGAGAAAGAUUCUAAGAAGGAAGGUGAUGGAGAACUAAAGAAAGAUGAAACAAAAGAAGAGGACAAGCUCCUUGAAGAAUUGGAUGAUUUGGGAGUAAAAGAGCAGGAGUCACUGGAAGUGAUUAAAACGCAAGAUGAAGGAAAAGUAUCUUGCGAUACCAACAAGAAAGAACCCUCAAAGCCAACAAACGAUGAGAGUGAUGGAAACAUGUCUCAUACCAAACCAUCUGGAGUAAAAGAACAAGACUCACAAGAAGCGAUUAAAUCGCAAGACAAAGGAAACUUAACUUGCGAUACCACAACGGAAAAACCUUCAAGUGUUGUUUCAAAGCCAACUGAGAAUAAAAAAAUGUUUCAUACCAAAUCGUCGCAACCACAAACAAUAGCCGUCACUUCAACAUCGAUCAUCAUUGACCUAGGCACCCCUCAGGUCAUGGGCAAACCCCAGAGCAGAGAUGGUCACACACAGGGUGGGAAAUGGACUGGGGGAGUCGGUAACGGUUACAAACAAGGAGGAACAUGUAAGAGUGUGGAUUUUUCUUUCCCAGCCAACAUGGAUGAGGAAGUUGAUGCAGAGUUGGCGAGGGUCAUCAGUGCAUCAAAUGAUAACCAGUCGCUGUUUGAGUUUCACGAGUAUGGACGGGGGGCAACAACCAAUACACCAGUCACGGUGAUGACCGACUAUGCAGAAAGCUUUAGUCAAAUCCAAGGCAGAGGUCUCAACACACCUUCCAGAGAAAACCUUUAUGAGCAUGCACUGACCAUCAUGAAGAAACGAUGUCGCAGCAGUCGUACAGGAACAUCGAAUGUUCCAACUUUCUACCGUCCAAACACUCCCGACAAUAUCGUUGAGGAAAAUGGGACUGCUUUUCCUGUUCUGAGUCUGCCAGCGGUGGUUGCUAAUACUAAAGACCCACCAUUGGUGCGGAACCCAAACCGCUUGUUUUAUGUGGCGCAGAAACGACAGCACCCCAUAGCUCCAAUCAAGGCAUGGACUGGUUACCAUGGCAACGUAUACUUCCAGCCAAUGGUAUGCAAGAAGGCCGACUUCACUCCCUCAACGACCCCACGAGAAAACGCAUUGAAUGUCGCAACACGCAGAGUGUAUUCGAGACCAAUCAUGAACACGAAAAAACCGGACAACCAGCUUCCACAGUUACCGCAGUCCGAGUUUAGCGGUGAGGACGAUCCGCAAAGUAACACAGAUCCAUCCGUUGUCGCUACUGACAUCCAAUCCAUUCGCAGCCAGCAUACAGUAGCGCCCUCAAAUCGUGAGAAGUCGUUGUCACGUGCAGCCAGCACUGCCAAAUCACGCGCAAGCACGGCCCGUCAACUUGCGGUCUUGGACAAGCAGUCUGUUUUCAACACGAUGGAUUCUAACAUACGUGAAGACAUCCAAUGGAUCAGUGGUCUGGAAGCCAUGGGUACACUUCAUAUCGGUGGGUUAAAACGGCCGCGGUCGACCGCCCGGUUCUACAAGAACACGGAGAAGCACCAUAAGUUGAAAAUCCAGCGUGGACUCGUUAGUCACAAGCUCGCUGCUCACGAUCAGUCUCUCCCGACCCUCCUUGGAAUUCAUGGCGGACGACUCAAUGAUAGCGCCGAUGGUGUCGCCAAGACUAAACAUUUAGAAUCGCAGUACCAGGCGUGCAAAGGAUCCAAGCCAAACGAAGAUGACGACAACCAUGCAUACUCCCCCAAUAUCUUCGGCGGUUAUUCUGGACCUUUCACCUCGAUUGAACAACUGCGUAGGGACAGUGUUUCCAGCCCUAUAAAUAGAGGCAACAGUAAUACAAGCUCGGAGCAACUUUUGAAGAAUGAUUCACUACACUCUAUGACUUCUGCUUUUAAGAGUUGUGUGAAUACAGUGCCGCUGUACAGCAGCAAAGAAGUACUGUUUAGGAACAGAGAGGCAUUGUUUCUGACAAGACCUAACUACAAAUGAAAAAAAACUUCUCAAAUAGACCCAAUUUCAUGGCUCUGCUUACUGCCGAGUUAUGCGGCUUACUGUUGAAUUAUGCGCCUACGAUCACCAUUCUUCGCUUGCAGGGCAAGCACAGAGUGUCUGCGCUAGCUGUGUAAGCGAAAAAUGCCUAGUAGCGUGGAAUAUGAAUGCAAGUAACAGUUUCCCGCUAACCCGUGAAAUACGCUUGACGUAAGCACAGAAUUCCCCUCUUCCCCCCCACCCAAGCACCGAUUC